AUGGAUUUGCAGACCAAGUUGGCCACACUACUUCAACAACAUGGAGUUCCCGCUGAAGCAGUUCCUGAGCGAGUACAACAAGUCACCUUGAAAGUGGGUGUGUCCUCUAUCAAAGAAGCCUUUGAAGCCAAGAACUGCUGGGCCUACUUGAAGGCCAUAGCGAGCCGCCCUUCCAUCUCCAUGCGGUUGGUCCUCCCGGAUGAGCUCUCCCGACAUGUGGCUGCGACUGCAGCCACCAAGUUUGGAGCCCAGGUGACCCAGGCCAAGCAAAAGAAGAAAAAACAGGAGCACAAGGCACCUCCUCGGCCACUCAACCCUGAUCCAGAACACCUGGUUUUGGCGCACACCAGCUUCCAAGAUCCUGAUGGUGAUGUGGUCGAACAGAUCCCUUUCAAUGACGUUAACCCAAAUCAAGGUAAGAGCCAACUCAAGGAGGUCACUGGCAACUUGAAGGAUGAGCUUGCGGCAGCCAUGGAUCAGAAGUUUGCCGAACUUCAAUUGGAUGCCAAGCACCAAGAGCCAGAUGGGUUUGCCGAGCACAAGGCUGACAGUCUCCAGAGGUUUGCCAAGCUUGAGACCUCACUGGGGGAGAUGCAAGCUCAACAACUUCAGUUCUCAGGAUGGUUCACCAAUCUUCACCAGCAAGCUCAACUGGCUGAGACCUCAAUCCAGGGCAUUCAAUACACUUUGAAUACCCAUCAAGCUGAACUCCAAGGGCUGCAUCAGGAAAUCAAAGGGGUGUCGGAACAGGUGGGACAGGCUGUACACUCAGCAUUGCAGAACCACAAAGCGGAAGUGUCUCACGAUCUUGACACACGUUUCGAUCGUUUGGAAGCCCUGUUCAGCAACAAGAAGCACAGGAUGACUGCGAAUUUCGGUCGGGGGCCAGCCAGGCAAAAAUUGGAAUCUGGAAUGCGCCAGCCCAACAAGAUGGAAGCUCUGGCUGUAUCUCAAGGGGCUGGCAUUUGGACUUAUGCAGAAACCCAACUUUCUGCCUUCACUCAAGUUUCUUCAAGUAAGGCACUGAAGUUUGCGGCUCGUCAGGACAACCGCUUGCUGAGAACAUACUUCAGCGCCCCAGCACCUUUGAGAAGCCGCUCAGACUGGGCGGGCACAUGGACAGGUGUCGCCUGCACCUCUGAUUUUGGUUCCAAACAACUGCGAAUCGAUUGGCCUCCUGAUCUUUGGAACUCAGGAAGAGUCUUGGCAACACAACAUCAGAUUGGGCACCACAGUGUCACAGUGGUAUCCCUCUAUGGUCUUCCACGUGGGCCCACAUGGCCCCAAGCAACCUCUUUGAUGAAUGACAUUCUGGCGUUUCUCACCAAGACCUUCAUUUAUGGACAUUCUGGAUUGGUUGCAAUUUGUGGGGACUUCAACUUUAGUCCCCACGAGUUGGAGCACUUCCACCUCUGGCGUGCGGCUGGGUGGCAAUCUGCUCAAGACAUGGCCAGCAUGCGAUGGGGCCACCAAUGGCAACCUACCUGCAAAGGGGCCACUGAACGAGACUUGAUCUGGCUGUCGCCGGCGGCUCAGACACUCUGCAAUGAAGUUCACAUUGAAGACCUCUUUGCAGAUCACAGUUCGGUUUCAGUGACGCUUGCAAUUUCAGAAGCACCAGCCUCCGUUUUGACAUGGCCCAGACCACAAGAGAUUUCAUGGGAUCAAGUUGAAGUUGAUCAAUGGCAUGAACAUUGCUGGAGUUGCAACAUGGUGGAAUCAGAUGAUGCUACAGACUUCAUGGCCAAGUUUUCACGUAGCAUGGCGAAGUAUGACAAAUCUCAUGCGGCCGUCUUCAAGGACCUUCGCGAUCCAGCACCAGACCAAAUUGAUAGCCUUUGGACUUCCAAGGACUUCACCGUCCUUGCUGUUAGACCUGGCUCCAAAGCAGUCCUGUUAGACGCCCCAGUUUUUCCUUUAGAAAGACCGGCGUGGUAUCACAACGGUUGUGGGCUUUCCGUUGCUGGAUAUCAAGAUGAAAUGCUGGUUUUUAGCCAAUGGCCUGAGUUAGAAGUUGGAGAUGUCAUCACACUUUGUUCCCACACCAGCUCGGAUGCAGAAGUACAUGAAAAGCUAAUGGCACUCUGGAAGCCACGCUGGCAACAACUUCAUGCAGUAGAUCCAGACCACUGGACUCGCAUUAUCAACUUCAUCCAAGGCUACAUGCCCAGUUUUGAAUUCGUUUUGCCGGACAUCACACCGGCUCAGUGGAUGCGGACUGUGAAACGUUUCAAGCCAACCGCCGCCAGAGGCGCAGAUGGAUAUGCCAAGCAGGAUCUUUUGUACAUGUCACCUGCUCAUGUCCAAAAUUUACUUCAGUUUUUGAUGCGCAUUGAACUUGAAGGCCAAGCUUGGCCACAGCAAUUGACAGAAGGCAUUGUUUUGGCGCUUGCCAAGCACAGUGAAGCUCAUGAAGCUGGGUCUUAUCGGCCCAUCGUUCUCUUCAGUAUCAUCUAUCGCUGCUGGGGUUCACUUCGUUCCAGACAGCUCUUGCGGAUGAUCGAGAGCUUUGUUCACUCAGUGCACAACCACCUAAGCGCCGCAUUGACCUCUGACAUUGGUUUUGCAGAAGGUGAUCCCUUGAGCGUGCCGGCAAUGGCAAUUCUUGACUGGGCGCUCCAUGUGUACCAGGCACAAUUUGCACCUUUGACCAGGACGCUGUCUUUUGUGGAUAACAUCUCCAUGAUGUCCUUGUCUGCACUUCACUUGGUUUGGGCCUUCUUUUCAUUACGGUCUUUUCUGGAUCUUUGGGGUCUUGAGAUAGAUAUUGGAAAGUCGUAUGCUUGGAGCACACUAGCCCAGACACGAGCGUUGAUAUCAACACUUGGACUGCGAAUUGUAGAAGAUGUUUCAGAGUUGGGGGGAUCAUUGACACUUUGCUCCUCAACGAGAGUCAGAGUCUUUUUGGCACGUGGAGCCAGUUUGGAAAGGCGCUGGACACGACUGCGCAUCUCCAAAGCGCCAUUGGUGCAAAAGUUGAUGUGCAUCCCAAUGGUCUUCUGGGCAUCGGCUCUACAUGGAGCUCUGGGAUGCGUCUUUGCAGAUGGACAUAUCCACCAACUUCGCAAGAAGGCCGUGGCAGCGCUUGGAUUGAAGAUCGGUGGCUCAAACCCCAUGCUGCGAUUGUCAUUGUCGCAACCAGCCACUGCCGAUCCAGGUUUUUACCAUUUGCGUCAUUGUGUUUUUGAUUUCAGACGAAUCUGCGACAAAACACCUGAUCUGCUGGUGCAAUGGCGAACCUUCAUGGCACACUUUACAGGUAGGAAGUUGACUGGGCCAUUCUACAAGAUAGUUGAUCUUUUCAGCAUGCUUGGUUGGUCCAUUGGCAUGCCACCUUUGUUCACUGACCAUGAUGGUUUUAUCCACAACUUGCUCCAGCUCCCCAAUGCCGCUCUUGAGUUGUUGCUGCAUGAUGCAUGGCUACAAUAUGUAGCACACCAGGUGACACACCGCCGAACCAUGCAUGACCUUGCUGGCCUGUGCAAGGAACUGACAUUGCUGGAUCGGAGUCACAUGACUCCACAGGAAUUGGGACGCACUAUGGCUUUGCAAUCAGGUGCUUUUAUUUCCGAUUGGAGCCAUGCCAAGUUUGACCCAACCAAGACUUCGAUUUGCUCUAGAUGCCUGGUCCCAAACACAUUGCCUCAUUGGUUUCGAUGCCCAAUGUUUGAUGCUGUCCGUGCACAGAUGCAGGAAACAUUUGACUGGCUCAAUGAGCUUCCAGACUGUAUGGUACACCAUUUAUUGGUGCCGAGAUGUCGCUUUGAGCUGGACUUUAAAGCCUACCUCUUGCACAUCGAGGACAACACUGGCUGCUUUCACUCUACGCCAGGAGAGGGGGUUCAAAACUUGUUUUCUGAUGGUUCCUUUUUUUCUGAUAAUCCCAAAUAUGUUGGGGUAGGGGCUUGGUCUUUAGUCAAUGCAACUACUGGCUGCAUCAUUGGCACUGGGCACCUACAUGGACUGGUGCAAUCGAUCUCACGAGCUGAGCUCUGCGGUGCUUUGGCUGCGAUCAAGUGGGCAUCUCACUAUCAAGUGGCAGUGCACCUUUGGAGCGACUCCAAGUAUACCGUAGAUGGCAUCAAAGCCCUCUUGGAUGGCCAAUGGCAUGUUCAUGCUUCUUUGUGCGAAAACCAUGACCUUUGGCGCCAACUUGCUGACCUUUUGAUUGACUUGCCGGACGGCCUCUUUCAGGUUAGUUGGAUUCCAUCUCACUUGGAUCUUACGUUGUGCACCACAACACUGGAGGAAUGGAUCGCAGUCUGGAACAAUGUGGCAGAUGAGCUUGCUGUGCGCACCAAUGCAUCACGCUCAGAUGAAUACCACCAACUGAAACAUGGAGCACAACAACACUUUGCCUUGUGGGCUGAACGGAUCAGAAGCAUUCGCCAGUUCUAUUUCCUUGUUGCUGAUGUCAGGCAUCUGACCUGGCUCGUCCCAUCUGACCUUCGAACCUUGGCGGCGGUGCCCGACUCGCCUGACCGUCCGAGAGAUGCUUCGUCCACGAAGAUCACGAAGCGGAACCGCUGGCGCAGGGAGAAGAAGGAGGAGGCGGCGCUGCCCACGCCCCAAGUCCCGGCACCGUUGCCGGUGGCUGAGCCGCUGCCGAUGGCCAUGGGACGGGAGGCCCUGCCGGCAUCUGGAGCCAUCCGGUCGCUGUGCAUCGUGUGGCUGCGGGAUGACAUGCGAUUGCAGGACAAUCCGGCUCUGUCCUUUGCCACGAAGUUUGACGCUGUGGUGCCCGUCUUCAUCCUGGAGUCCGAACAGCAAGUGACCGGCGCAGCACGAAAGACUGGUACUUCUGCAGGUGUUUGGGAGAUUGUACGAAAAUUGGUCAGGGGGAUGAUUUCCUCCGAGUGCAACGCUCCGCAGAAGGCCACCUGGGUGGCCUUCAAUCGGCGUUGCGAGGCCUGGCAGCAGCGGGUGGAUCAGGAGACCACGGAGGCGUUGCAACGCGAAGGGCUGAAGGUGAAAAGCUUUCCGGGCAACGUCUUGUACGAGCCGCAGGAGUUGCAACCCAUUGAACGCUGGCAGAUCUGGCGAAAGAAAGUGCGUACGGAGGAGGCUGAAUGGAAUGGCCAGAAAGCCAAGAACAAAUCUGAGGACUCUGAGCACAUCAGUGGCUUUGGCAGUUACCGUUUCUUCUCCCAUGCAUUGGAGCAGCUGGGAGCACCGCCAGCGCCAGUGCCCGGUGUCACGCAGCUGCCGCCAGUGCCGCCGAGCCUUUCGCCCUCCGUGGACCUCAGCUUCCUGGGCCGCACCGCCGGCCGGGGCUUCAGCAGCGCCAAGGGCGUUGGAAGUUGCGGCGACUGGGCGGCUGGGAUCAAGGCGUGGUGGAAGGUGGGUGAAGAGGCAGCCCUUCAACGCUUGGAACAUUUCCUGCAGAAGGUUCUGUCCAGCGGCGACUUCGAAGGACGAAAGCGGCUGCUGAGCGACGAGAAGAAUACCUCGGAGCUUUCGCCCUACAUCCGCUUUGGGGAGAUCUCUGUGAAGUUUAUCUACGCCGCUGCCAAGCAAUACGCCCAGAGGACGGAUCAACGAAUCUUCGCCGAUUCGGGCUAUGCCUAUGACCAGGAAAGACCUAAGGCCAAUGCCACUUUCCUGCGCAGAUUUGUGUGGCGUGACCUUGCCUAUUGGUUUCUGUGGGAAUUUCCAUCUCUGCCAGUGACCUCUCUUCGGCCGCAGUACGAGGAGCAGAUUUGGAGCGGUACAGCCGCGCAGCUGAAGCGGUGGCAACGAGGCAGCACUGGUUUCCCACUGGUGGAUGCGGCGAUGCAACAGCUUUGGCAGGUCGGCUGGAUUCCCAACUACUUGCGGCACGUUGUUGCGCAGAUGCUGAUCGAGUAUUUGGAUAUCAGCUGGAAACGAGGUCUUGAGUGGUUCGAGUGGACUCUGGUGGAUGCCGAUGUCGCUAUCAACAGUUUCAUGUGGCAAAAUGGUGGCCAUUCGGGGCCCGAUCAAUGGGACUUCGUCCUACAUCCCGUGAACGCCGCCAAGAGUUGUGACCCUGACGGCUCCUACGUGCGCCGCUGGCUGCCCUUCUUGUCGCAGUGUCCCACGGAGUACAUCCAUCGGCCCUGGGAGCUGCCAAUGGGACGAAGGCAUGGCCUGACUCCUCCCAUCCUUUUAGACCUGGACGCGGCGCGGAAACAGCACUGCCGACACGUCUUGCAGCUGCGCAAGCGGCAUCCGGAGAUGAUCGCGCGCAACGGCCAUGAGUGGCUCCGCUUACCGGGCCGCAAGGGGCUGUUGGCCAAAGUGGUGACGCGCCAGGAGUUCCGCGCAGACACGGAGGACUUCAUCUUCUACCAAAGCCGGCCAGGCCGUUUCGGUCGCAAGGCCGCUCCCGCCGCGGCGUCAGGAAGAGGCGGCAGGCUUCCGGAUGCGAACCAGGCGAUUCUGGCGGAAGACUCGGCGCCUGAUCCGCCACCUGCGACUUUGAAUGCGGUGACCUUUAGGACGAUUUUUACCAAGAUGGACUUCGUCGAGCGGAUCAGAGAGGUGAGAUAUCGAGGCAAGUGUCCCAGGAUCUUAACUGCCGAGGAGACGCUGCUCAUCAACUCCUUCUACUUGCGUUUCUCGCAGAAGGCUCGAGCGCAUGGCAUCAAAGUCACGUCGCCGGUGUGCUCCCAAUGGACGCAGAAAUACAAACCCGAGGCGCCCUUGGAGAAACGCUCCUACGAGUGGUACUUUCCCGACACGAAAGAACGGCUGCAUCUGGGCCUUCAUGACGCCAAAGAGGAGGAGGACCUCUGGAUCUUCCUGCGUCAACUCACGGGCUUGGAAGAUAUCAAAACAGCCAAGGAGUACGUGUGGCAGAAUGCGGGAAAGUAUGGGUUGGAGGAAUUUCGUCGCGAGGAGGUUGCCCUCUUGUUGGGCGCCAUGGUCCGAUGGUCCGAAAAGGCCCGGAUGACGGGGUUGCUGAGUUCGACCAAGCUCAUGGCCAUCAAAGAGGAUGGCAAGAGCCUGGAAUUCUUGCUGUCCAACGGUGACAAGAUCUGCUUGAGCACUGUCAAGGUCCCAGCAGUCCCAGAGGACGACAUGUCGGAAGAGGAGGACCUCUGGAAGUGGCUCUUAGAUCUGAGCCGCGUUCCAGCGGAGGGUCUGCUUCAGCCUCAGCUUUCUCCCCAAGUUCAAGCCGAUUUGAUUCGACGUUUGGCCUCGCAUCACAGUGCAGGCCCCUUGUACAACCUUGCAGUAGCUCAUCGCCGCCUGAAGGUGCACAAGAUGGCAACUGUGGCCCUGCCCCGAAGAAGACCAAGCUUGCGCCCUGGAAAUGUGCGGUGUGCAGAAUUACCAUCAAAGGCAAAGACGAAAGAUGUUCACGUUGCUGGGGCUGGUGGCAUCAAGUUAUGGAUACUACUUGGACCCCACCAGUGCAUCCCCGCUCUGCUUCGGCUUCGAACCGAGCACAGCCUCGAGCAGCUCCUGCUCAAUGGCCAAGUUGGGAGUGGUAUGCCGAGCCUUCGCAGCAACCUCCUACGAAGAAGCAAGCCUCCAAGCCCACUACCCCCAGGCAGCGCCCUGGAUCCAAAGGCGCCGGCUCUUCCUGCUCAGGAAGCCACUGCCGCCUCGCCCUUUGUUGAUCCCAGAUUGGCCUUAGCAACCUCUCCAUUUGCUGUCCUGUCGCCCAGCUACUUCGCGCCAACGGGUCCCUCCACAGCUGCGCCCUGGCCACCUCCCACGGCGGUAUUCUUGUAA